AUGCUACAAUGCAAUUGUAAAAACCCGUCCGAGUUGUUGAAACAUUACAAUAGUUUGGAUGUAAAGCCUGCGACUGAAGCAACAAAAAAGUUGACCAGCUUGUUCAAAACGAUCCAUUUUGAUAUUCAUAAAGCUGGCAUUAGCAUUAUUGACGAAUGUUUAUUUGAGGAAAAAAAAGCUUUAAAAAUGACAAAACUUUGGGUCAAAUUCAAGCCAAACAACGCUACAAGGGUAUCUACUGAAGACUGCGAGAUUGUGGACGACCUUCUUAAAGCCUGCAAGAAGGAGCUCUCUCCUCACUUUGAUUCCUAUGCUCCUGCUCAACUCUGUCUUUCCACUACUGAUGGUGGUACUCCUUUACAACCAGACAACCCUAUUCCUGCUCAGAAUACAGCAAAGACUCCUCUAUUCAUCAGCGUUGCAGUUGUAGAACAGGCUCAAAAGGAAAUGGUAUCAAUGUCCUAUGGAAAAGCUACAAUGCCAUUUAUUAGCGAAGCGACUGGAGUUGAAGACGAAAAUCAAGUUUGGGAAAAUAUUCCAGUUGACACCACAGUUGAAGCUUCUCCAGAGUUUGUUGAAUUGUUCAAGAAGAAUUGCUCCGUCUUUGAAUUUGGCGCCGAAGCAAGCAGAAGAACUUUGAUCUUUUUCUUCGGGAAGUAG